CCGAUUUGCUAGGGAGCCGAUUUGCCAGCCGUGUUUCAAGUCGAAUGUAAGCUUCGCUCGCUCUUUCGAUUAAAAUACGUUGUUGAUUAUUUAAAAUGAAUAAACACUUAUUUAUUACAAUUAUGACAAAAUAUUAUUUAAUUUAAAAAAAAUUUAUGCAUAUAAUCGAUUAUAAAGCAAUUCUAAUCUAUUAUGUGCAUACUAUUUUCAUAAUUUCAUUGUGGUAAUAUUUUUUACUGGUAUUCCGAAUAGGUGAUGUGGAAAAAUAUAAGGUUAAAGAAAUCUUGAGAUUCAAUUUCCAUCCAAUUUAAUGAAUGACAAAACAGAGGUCACGCGCCCCGUUUAUCUGACAAAGUACUUCGUGCCCAAAUUAUACUUUACACAAUGAUUACUUAAUAAAGUCGUGAUGCGAAGUAUUUUAGUACCGGCGGAUAGAAACAGAUUGAGCCAUCUGUCGAAUUUAGUUUACCUGGGCUUAGCACAGGAGCGCCGCGACCGCGACAGUAUCUCGACUGCGAGAUAGACUACCCAUCCCUCUCUUAAUGGAGGGUUAGGCAAAUUGCAAAUAAAAUUCUCAGUAAAAUUUAAGUCUACGAUGGUACUUUCUACAAGCUUUUAUUUACUUGUUUAUGGGCGCCAGUAAACUCCGAGGUGUGAAUUAGUAUUUGUGCAGCUACCAAAACCGCUACGAGAGCGCUACGCGGGCGCUACGAAUUAAGUUUUUUUAUUGUAUUCCUAUAAAAAAAAAAUUGUCGGAUAAUAUAUUUAUUAAAGUAAGUUACAAUAUACAUAAACAUUGAGACGGUAAAGAGUAUACAAAAAAAAGCUGCUGCCUUCAGUAGUGAUAUGAAUAUAUUCCUAUUUAAAUGUUUUUACCGAAAUAUAGAGCAUAACACAUUUAGGUACUUACUGUGCCUGUAAAUAUAUUCCAUAUCAGUUCCGGCACACAAACACAUAGGUAAGCGUAAAGGCACACUUAUCAUUAUACAAAUUAAUUCUCUGCUUUACCACUAGUUUUUGACCAAUAUGAAUUAUUGAGCUAAAAAUAACUUUCUUUGAAGCGCAGGUACAUAUAUAGAAAACCAACACAAAGUGUUACAAAGAUGUCCCAAGAUUUGUUCUUUUAUAUAUAUAACAAAGGAAAACAUAAAAUUUUCAUCGAGGGCACAGCAACAAUAAAAAGGUCGAUUCAUACAGAAAACUACAAUUUUCGUUUAUACUUAAGCACGUAUCAGUUAUUUUGACACACAAUACACAGGGUGUUUGUCAACUGCGUUAGUUUUGCGUUUUAUUUUUAAGUUUGUAAGUUCAAUAGCGUGGUGUUAAAGGCGAUAGUCGCUUGGCUUUUAUUUUCGUGGGGAGAGCGUUAAAUUGGUCGGUUGCAUAUGCGAGGUGUAUUCUGUAUUGUGUGGGUUCACACAAUACGCCUCGCGGCUUUGUGCCUCGUUCGCACCAUUGUCAUCGGACAUAUUACCCAACGUUUCAGCAUUGUAUACUCCUGCUGUCUCUGGCUUCUUCCUUUGAUGAGACACCUAUCUUAUUUGUAGCGUUGCUUCUUAUUCGAGUCUGUUAUGAUUCAUGUUACAAGGUAAGGCUUUUGUUAUUCUUAUAAGAAUGUUUCUAAGUAGGCGACGUGUUUUGAAAAGAAGUCGUUCUACUUACGUUGGUAUCUCUGGAACAGGAAGGUUUUCUACAUAGGUUUAUUACAAGACAAAAUCAACAAUACGGGUCCGUUUCGCGUUAUAGCUUCAGCAAAUUUAUUCAACGCCGAAUAUCGUAAUCAAAAUCAUAAAGAGGUAAUUACCAUGUCAAUAGACUAAAGGCAUCCUGCAAUGUCAAAAGGGAAGUGCAUUGAGGGUAAAGGGUGACAAGUGUGGUGCGCGAGGGCGUUGCGCGGCGUACGAGUACGCUCUAGCCGGCCGGUCACAGUCGGUGUUCACCUCCCUAGCAAACUGGCUGUUCGCGCGCAAUCUGGGCCCAACCGAACUUUUUCGUCGCGUCGUUUUCCCGCCAAUUGUUUUUUGGAUUCAGUGAUUCUUGUGUGCCAGUAUUUAUUGUCUGUGGUUUGUGUGUUGUGUUCUGUGCCUUAUUGGAAAUUUUGGAAUGCUUGGACUGAUUUUUUUAUGGCACGUUGUUGGAUUAAUAGCGUUUGAAGAGACCAGGUUUCUAUUUGAGGCUCUUUCCAUGAGAAAUAAGAGCGCACCCGUGACUUCCGCUUCCUGCCGCGCCCGCGCAGCAUCCGCCCCAGACCAGACACAUAAUACCGAGAACGGGAGCAGUGCGGCUUGCGAAGCUCCCUGCAAGCACCGUGGGAAGCUUCUCCCCCAGCUACCCCGGACCGGCGCCCGCGACGAUCGCGUGACCAGUGUGCAGGCAUGUUCACUGUUAUGUUUACUCAUUUACUUUUAUAAAGUUUUAUAGUGCAUUGCGAUUUAGGGAAAUCAGGAACCGGCCAAGUAGUUGUAGGGUAAGAUGAAUAUCCCUUUUCAAGCAGUAUUUACGAGUAUGUGCUUCCCUUAAAAAUAGCAAGUAAUAUAGUCCGUCUAACUAAGCUAAUUUUACACUGAUUUUAAAAGAACAAAGUGAGAAGGUUUCAAUUUAAACGCCAUAUUUGCCAAUGAUGACAUUGCCACACUUUAUCAUUUAAGAUAGCAAAGUUAGCUUCGUCUGACUCUAAAAAUCUGUCAGAUUAACUUAUAAUCUGACAGUAGCAAACUACUUGGUGACUUGUACAAGUUAUAUUCUUAAUAUUUAGAAACAUUUUCAAGUAAAAAUAUGAGACAUAGGUAGAUAACAGAAACGGCUGAUGCAAUUUUAAUCUGGAACACAUUUACACUCAAUCAUGACACAACCGACCACCGUCACACUGUCAAUACAUCCUAUUCUUACUCAAAAACAGACCAAGCGUGAAAUCAGAUUCCAAAUAGUUACCAACUUACAUAACUAACGGCGUAAUAACGAGUUAUGCCUUCUUAAAGAAAAAUACAGUAAAAUGUAUGCGAGUUACAUAAAGUUAAUGCUUUUUUCCUCGUAACGGCCGCGUUAGAUCCGUUACAAAACGCCGUAAUAACGAAUCGAACGGAAUCGUGCCAAGACUGGAACUUGAUGUACUCUUACAUAAAAGCUGCAAAAAGCGUGACAAUCUGUCGACUCAAUUUAUAAAUUAGUCUGUGGCUGUUUACUUUUUUUAUCACGAGAAUUUAAAUUUCGUAAUGGUCCAGUUGCUGUCACCGCAAAGUGGCAAAUUAGAUAUUUUUUCAUGAACAUGGUCAUGUUUUAUAAUGCCUAGAAAAGGUAUAAUUCCGAGCAAGAAUUUACGGUUUUAUUUUCUAUAUUGACUACUGUUAUACAUUUAUUUGUAUUCUUAAAUCGGAUCAAAAUGUAAAUUAAAUACUCGUAACUAUUCAUUAUAAAAGUAAGGUCUAAUAAAACUAAUAUGUAUAAGAAGAGGCCUAUUGCUAAUUUGCAUGCGUAGCCACUUGACGAAACUUUCGUUGUGAUUAUUAUAUUGAAUGGAUGAGUAUUUUUAUCAUAUUUGCAAAUUUAAUGUGUUUUAGAAUAUCUAGAAGCAAAACUAAAUUAUGUCCCACUAAAGUCUAUUUUAAGACACAAACCGAGUCAACUAUAAGAUAAAUCUACACAACGAUGUUAUCGUUGCAAAAUCGUAUUACCAUGUUAUUGCAUUAUUCGUGCCUUUGAAUUUAUACUUGAUUUAUUUAGCUAAACUUAUAUUUUCGGCUCGAGAAACGGUAUUUUUAAUCUCUAUACAAGCCAGGACAGGACUCACCCCUUUACAAACCCGAAUGGCGACUUCCUAAAGAAUUAUUGUAAUUUAAUAACCCAGUCCGGUGCGUUUAAAGAACCAUUCAGUCGCGAAAAUAACACAAUCGGUCACUUGUCAACUACUUUUCUUUGUCAUUUUCGUAUGCAAAUUCGACUCGGUGUUUUGGAUCGUAAAUUCGGAGCUAGAAUGGCCGAAGAAUGGUCGCAGAUAGUAGAUUGCGAUAAUAUGUUAUAUUAUACGGCUGUUUAAUUUGCAGAUACAAGAUAAGGGCCUGUAAUAGCGUCUUGUAAAGCUUGUUUAACUUGUUAAUCGCUACAAGCUCGAUAAGAUCGCCCCUAAUUUAGCGUCACACGUAUUAUAAGGUGUUUUUACUUUUCGUUACGUGAUUAUAACUCAAAAAUGAUAUAUGUUGUUUCUUUUUGUUUCGUGAUUAUUGUUCCUCAAAAAUCUAUUUAUCUUGAAUAUCUUAUGAGUCAGUCAUGUAAUUUUAUUAAGAAUCGCGUGGGUAUAUAUAUCCUAUACAAAAUCAAUAACGAAUAAGCUUUUCUAGUCAGCAAAUAUGGGUAACUUUGCUGACUAUAUCUGGAAGCGUAUCAUAGUUAAGAGUUCCGAUAAAGAACUUAGCCUAGCAACACAAAACUCACUGAAACACCUUUAUUACUACCGAAAAUCGUACGCCAGAAGCGACCUUGAGUCUCUAAAGCCAUAAAGGUUCGUUUACACUGCAACUGCUACUGAAGUAGUGAGAGGACACAGCGCCCACAUGGCUAACAGGUGCUUCAUUGUUGUAUGCAAAUUAACUCUCGCUUUCAUACUAAACCAUUUUUAGGGACCGCUGUUGAUGACUGCGGUGGAUAGCGACUGAUAACUAUUCGGCGUAUGAGCAAUCUCUUUUAUUUGCAAUUGAUACUCUCUUUCACCUCAACAUAAAAAAAUAACAUUAGAACAUUACGAACAAGCAAAACUUUAAGAAAGAUAAUUAAACUUUCGGUCCGAUUCGAAGAAUGGUUAAGACGCGUUUAAGAUCUUGGAAAGAUCUUUAAAAGAUUGAUAACUAAACGACAUGUCAAAAUUGACGUUUAUUUCGAUUCCGCUGUGAUCCCAAUAAGAUCUGUCUACGAUAUUUCUAACGUCAAAGUGACAUUGGUUACCCGAAUCAAGCUUUUACGUAGCAAGAUUUUACCUGUAUAUGUCCGGGAUGAGAUUUUCCAAUUAAGCUGAAGGUCCAAUUGCCAAGACUUCUAACUUUUUUUUUAAUAUUUAUUAUAUUAAGGCGGUAAACAAAACCAUCUAACUCGGUAAUUUAGCCAAUGAUAUAUUAUCCAUAUACAAGUGCCAUAGUUAUAAAUAUAAACUCAUUGACCGAAUGACUGAAACACAUCGUAUUAUUUGCUUUCAUUCCUUUAAAUAUCUGGAAAAAUAUUCUUUAAAGUUCCAUAUUCAGAUGCCUAUAACUAAGUAAAUGAAAAAAAUCUAGUAAAGCAUCAUGGUUUUUCUUAGAGCUGUGAAAUAUUUUCUUAUGAUCAAUGUACAUGUCUGGCUUCGAAGUAAAUAUUCAAUAAAACAUCGACAUUAAUUCCCGGCCUGUCUAACACGAUAUAAAGCUAGCUAAAACGAUAAACCAGUUUGCCAACCCUGCCUCAUAGAUCACGGAAACCAGUACUCGAAUCAAAACUAGUCGCGGGGACAUGACAAACGACUUGUUAAUCGUCUUUGUUGCAGCCUUUAAUGCCUUGUUCUGCCAAAAGUAUCGACUUAAGGACAGUCCGCAUGCUAGGGUCAUCGCUUAAAGAAAUCCUUCUAUUUUAAAAGUGGAAGGUCAGUUUUAACGGUCAUUGUCUGUCAAGGCGGACAAAAGUGUCAGUUUUUGCAGCACAGACCGCUAGCGCGCGAUUACCGUGAGAAUAUAGUAAGGUAGGAUAAAUGAAAUAGACAGCAGCAUAAAACUUAGAAAUGAUAUGUAUUUAAUUGGUUAUAAAGUGAUUCACACAAGCUAGCGCCGAAUGAGUAAUAAGAUUAAGUAGUCUCUUGCCACCUCUUAUAAUUCGAAAUUUAGUGGCCAGAAAUUGUGUACACAAUUUUGCACCUAAAAUGAGGUAUGAGAGAAACAUUUAAAUAAGUAUUUGCUUUGGGGCUUACACAUAUUUUGCCGAGUAACCGUUUGUUAACGACAUCAAUACUACUCGUUUUUACCCUAUCUAAGUUAGUGGACUAUCCAUCUUUUUGUAGGUUCAUCGUCUCGAGUUAAUUGAACGGAUUAUAAAAAGUCGAAGCAAAAAAACUAAUCUUAGCUGUGUUUUGGUUUGUGACGUAAUCAAAUGUACAAAUACGUACACCUCAAGAUAAACAGACUGUUGAAUCAUAAGACAUGUUAUAGAAAUUUAAUCGAAGCUGUCAAUAAACUAUCCGAAUGACGCUACAAAAAAGAAAGAAUUAUAAACACAACGGUAGAGAUUUUAUUCAUAUUUUGUAACAGCAUUCGUGUAAUAUAAGUAGGUAAAUUAUUUUAAGGAGUAGAAAAUGCAAAUUAGAUAUAGGAAACACGAGUAAGAAAACGGCUUACUCACGUCUUUUUAAGUCAAAAAUUGCUUGUUUUAAUAUUUGUAGGUAUAUGUAAUAUGUC